UGUCGUGCUUUGGGUGAUGGCUUGUUCAGGGGUUUGCUGGUGUGAGCUCUUGGAUCGUGUUUAAAAACAAAGUAAAAGUGGUUUAGAGCACAGCAGUCUUCUGUGUUUCCCUCAGCUUUCCUCUUCUCCCCAGCAUCCUGUGAGAAACAAUGAGAUUAAAGUUGAAGAAUAUCUGUGUAAAGGAAAGUGAAACUAAGUAUGCUCAUUGAAAGGCAGUGGAAUUGUAGAAAUAAGAUGAAACGUCCGCGCUCAGAGAGAUGGUUGUAAAUCAAUCCAAGAAUGAACAAAUGUAAGAAGUCUUAUGUUAACCCGACUACAAACCUUGACAAGUUCAGUCCUGAAAUUCUUUCUGAAAUUGAGAAGCUCUUUGCGAAGAAGUUUACUUACACUAAGCCAGUGAAUAAUGAGUGGCAGCUUCCAGAUCCCAGUGAUGCUUUUACAUGUGAUCACAAGGAAUUCGACUCACUCCUGGCUCUGAAGGACUCCAUGAAUAAUGUGAAGAAUCAGCUCAGUGAUAAGAACCUGGAUGAAUGGCAUCAGCACACCUCGUUUACCAAUAAAGCAGGGAAAAUAGUUCCUCAUGUGAAGAAAUGGGUAAAUGCUGAGCUGUGUACGCAGGCAUGGUGCAAGUUCCAUGAGAUCCUAUGUAGUUUUCCUCUUCUCUCUGAAGAAGCUCUUCAGGAUGGAGAACUGAAUACUGUCCACCUCUGUGAAGCACCUGGAGCUUUUAUAGCCAGCCUCAACCACUACUUGAAAUCCCACCAUGUCCCGUGCAACUGGAAUUGGGUAGCGAAUACUCUAAACCCGUAUCAUGAAGCCAAUGACACCCUUAUGAUGAUUAUGGAUGACCGUCUCAUAGCAAAUACCUUGCCUUGGUGGUACUUUGGCCCAGAUAACACUGGUGAUGUGAUGACACUGAAACAUCUAACAGGACUUCAGAACUUUGUAAGUAACAUGGCCACAGUUCACUUGGUGACUGCUGAUGGCAGCUUUGAUUGCCAGGGGAAUCCGGGUGAACAGGAGGCUCUUGUCUCACCCCUUCAUUACUGUGAAACAGUCACUGCUUUAAUGAUCCUGGGCACUGGAGGGUCCUUUGUUUUGAAGAUGUUCACGCUGUUUGAACACUGUUCUACCAAUCUGCUCUUUCUGCUAAACUGCUCUUUUGAGGAGGUCCAUGUCUUUAAGCCAGCCACUAGCAAAGCUGGCAACUCAGAGGCCUAUGUGAUUUGUCUUCGUUACAUGGGCAGAGAGAGCAUCCAUCCGCUGCUUUCUAAGAUGAUACAGAACUUUGGAACGCAAAUGGUCAACAAAGCAGUUUUUCCCCAGCACGUGCUACCAGAAUCUUUCCUUAAAAUACAUGAAGAGUGUUGCAUGUUCUUCCACAAGUGCCAGGUAGAAGCUAUCUCUCAGAACAUCCGUCUCUUUGAGUGCAUGGGAGAAGUGGAGCAGACGAAGCUGAACAAGUUAAGAGAUUGUGCAGUGGGGUUCUUCAUGCAGAGACUUCGUCUGAAACCCAUUGCCAGAAAGAACUGGCUUGUCAGGAAACCUCAGACUGGUUGCAGUAUGAAUGCAAAAUGGAUUGGGCAAAGAAGCAAAUAUUUUAGUACGUACAAUGAAAGGAAGAUGCUGGAAACCCUCACGUGGAAUGAUAAAGUGGCAAAGGGCUAUUUUCAUCACUGGGCUGAAGAGCAUAGUUUAAAUAAUGCUGGGAAAACGUAUAUCCUGGAAGGAUUGUCUUCUGCCCUCGAGUGUAGCUUGUGGUACAUUUUGGAAGGAAAAAGACUACCAGUGGUAAAAUGUUCCCCGUUUUGUGAUGGUCAAAUCUUGGAAAAUCUGAACGAAGCACUGAACGCAUUGGUGGAGGGGAGUCUGAAGAGCAGACAGAUACUGCAGACGUGUCAGUCGUGUGAAGUGCUUCCUGGGGAACUGAUACUGGCAGAAGUGUCUGAUCUCUCCAGAUGUCACCAGGAAGAUCUAAAUGGAAGAUGUGGUGACCAAUUCAAGUGCCUUGUGGUAGACUUCCCAUCCCUCUGUGAUAUUGAAAGCCAGCCCCGUAUGGAAACGAAGCUCCUGGACUCGUCCACACUGCUGACAUUCAGCUUCUCUUUGCUUUAUGAUGGAGAACCAAAGUACCAGCAGCAGCUUUUGGAGUGUGUUCUGCAUUCGUUGGAUCAGCUGACAGUGGGAGAUGCAUUGAUUUUGCCUAUUCUCUCUUGUUUUACACGCUUCACAGCUGGCCUGGUCUUUAUAUUGCAUUGCUGCUUCAGAUGCAUCACAUUCGCUUGUCCAACCUGCCCCGAGGCCCUGAGGAGCAGCGCUGCUUUGCUGUGCAUUGGUUACCGAGGCCUCCCAAAUCCCGUUGUCCAAUAUCUGCAGCAUAUGAAGGAACUAAUGAGUUCUUUGCUUGACACAGACUCUCCCCAGCAAGUUUUGCAGUUUGUGCCCAUGGAGGUUCUCCUCCAGGGCAAGCUGUUGGAGUUCUUAUGGGAUUUAAACACAGCCAUUGCCAAGAGACAGCUCCACUUGAUUGUGGAUGCUAAGCAGCAGCAAAUGACUAGUGAUGUUUCACUUUAAAAUAACUCUAGAAUUGAGCAAGUCGCUGCUGCUAGACCUUGUUUUACAGGCAGGUAGAAGGUGUUAAAAACAUUGUUAAUGUGAAGGUGAUGUUACUGCAAAAACCUCUGGUAUGAUGUUGUUAGUGCUGGGAGGAUGUUUUGAGCUAUCAAUCCCGCUUGCACCACAUUAGCCUGUUGUACAGAAACCUGAGGCUUAAUCUCAGAUGUGGAGGACAUGGGAGGGACAGUGCUUGAAGUGGAGAAACUGUUUCUUCUCUGUCCCAGAUCUCCAUGAGCAAGUUUCUUUGAGUGACACCUAAGUCAGAACUGACUGUAGCAAUAGGACAAGGAGUAAUGGGUUCAAACUAAAACAGAAGUUCAUGUAAGAUAUAA